AUGGCUUGGCUUGCUGUGGCCGUAUGGUGUGGACUGCUGACCUCCACCUCGGCGAGGUUUCUCUUCUGGGGCCAGUGCCUGGAAAUCACGGGAUCCUGUGAGAAUGCGACCACAGACUUCGUCAUUGGCCUCGAGUAUAACUGGGAUGAUCCGACAGAUCUGAUCACGGUCGUGGAUCUAAACGCGUCCACCAUGACCCAGUGUCUGGCUGGACAUCUAUCGUCGGUAGGCGGCUCCUUCUGCCCCGAUGACAGACCGUCUCCUUUUGGCCAACUUCUGCUUUUUGGCAUCCCGAUCUUCUUUCUGGCAUGCAUGGUGGUCUUCUUCUGCAGUCGGAGAUACCCCACACUGCAAUUCUGGGUGAUGCUCAUCACCUUUUGGACUGCUGACCUCGGAGCAGGACUUGCAACGGGCAUGUACGCGCAGAUGUUCUACCCCACCGGGGCCACGAAGGACCGGAUCUUCUUGCGUGACAGCUUGGCGUCAUCGCCCUUUGUGGAGCAACUGGGAGUUGCCUUCAUCUUCGAGCUCCUCACCUGGGACUGGCCGAUGCAGUUGCUCAAGCUGCUGCUGAGUUUGUCUUGCUGGCCAUGCAGGAUCAAACGCAUUGUUCAGGGUGGCGUGUUCUUAGUCGCGGCCUGUUGCCUGGGCUGCGGCUGUGCCUACAUGGCGGUGGAUGCAGCCUACAGGCCAGCCUCCAUCGUGGUUGUGGGGCAUCAUCCGCUGAUCUUGGGCUUGGUGAACUUUGCCCUGGACCUGCCCUGGAAAAUCCUGGAGCGGAGGGUCAAAGCCGUCGUUGAGGCACGCAUUUGGCCUGAUGCCGGCACCUACGAGUUUCUGGAUUACCAGUCGCAUUGGUUGGUCGAGGAGUUGGCGGAUCCACUUCCGGAGCAGUUUGUUGCGGAGUGUCGAUAUGCAAGCUCACUUGUUUCGGUGUAA